UCUAUAGUUGUUGAAGAGUAAAUCCACCUUUAUGGCGGCAAAGGUUCAUCCCCAAGUGCUACCUUCCUCUGCCUCCUGCUACUUCACUUCCAAACAAGAAACCUUUACAAUAUGGAUGAAGUCUCUGGUGCUUGGUUGCAAAGGGUGCACUGUCUUUGAUGCCAAGGGUCAACUUGUGUAUCGUGUUGAUAUCUACAGCUGCAAAUGCAGAGAUGAAGUUUAUCUUAUGGAUUUCAAAGGCAAAGUCCUCUUCACCAUACUGAGAAAGAGAUUCAAGUUGUUCAGGUCUUGGGAGGGCUACAGAUCCACAACUACAGAGGUUGGUAGUAAAAAGCUUGGUUUCCAAGUAAGCCAAACCUUGAGGAUUUCAAGAGGGGACUCGCCAUGUGAGGUUAUUGUGGGGUUAGAUGAGAACCAACCCCGUCAUUACAAGAUCCAAAGCUGGGAUAGCAGCAAGUCAGCAUGCAAGAUAGUAGACCAAUUCGGGGGACUUGUUGCAGAGUUAAAGAGAAAGAAAUCAGCAUGUGGGGUUGAUUUAGGCGAUGACGUUUUGACAAUGGUGGUGGAGCCCUAUAUUGAUCACUCUCUUAUCAUGGGUGUUUUUGUUGUGUACAGUCUCAUUAACUGUAAAAUGUGAACAUAUGGAGGCAAUAGCUUGUUCAUUUUGAAUGUUAAUUACUAGUUAUCUGGGAUAUGCUAGCAUGUGCUUCAUGACAUAUUA